GGGGGAGGUAGAAACUACACUUGGGUUAGAUAUUAAGCCCCUGUUUGGUGACCUGGUCUAGCAUAAGGGACUCCAUCUCGGGCGGUUGGCUUUCUUUUUAACAAUGCUCAGGAUCAAACACUGUUGAGAAUUUGAUAAAAGAGAAAAUAACUUGAUAAAAGAAUGCAUAUAUAGGAAAGAGCUGGAGGAACCAGAGAGGGAGCGCCCAGGAAAGGGGAAGGAGGGAGAGGACGCCAGCAUGAUGGGGUGAUAGGAAGGCGGACAAGGAAUCUGACCGUGCAGGGCACCGCACAGCAGGACACCCCCGAGCGGGAACCCUGCUGACCUCUGAACCCACGCUGGGCUGGCCCUUCCGUUGGACUUCUUGCGCUGUAGGGAACUAAACUCUCAGUUUCCUCGUGGGAAAAUGGAAGGGGGUGGAUUUCGUUACAUCUGACUGCGGCCCAGACACCCAGACGGCCCGCGCCUCCGCCCCGCGGUCGCCUAGGAGACAAGCGCCACUUCCGGCAGAGCGGCCACUUCCACUGAGGCCCCGCCCCUUCCCGGCGGGCGGGCGCUGAUUGGCCCGUUUGAAUUGCGCCGGGCGCGAGCUCACCUGGGCUCGCGGCGGCGUCGACCGGCUUCUCCGUGCGCUGCGCCAGAGCCUUGGCGUCCCGCUUCCCGCGGCCCGUCCCUCCGACCCGCAGCCGUCGCCAGCCCGCCCGACCGAGCCCGGCGUCCCGCGCACGCCUCCGGGCAGCACUGAGCCCGCUGCCAUGAAGCCAGCGAGGACUAAGACGCCCAGGAAACUUCUAGUGAAGAAAGGAUCCCAAACAAGUCUUAAAGACCCAGUUGGGGUGUACUGCAGGGUGCGCCCGCUGAGCCUUCCCGAUCAAGAGUGUUGCAUCGAAGUGAUCAAUAAUACAACCGUCCAGCUCCACACUCCUGAGGGUUACAGACUCAACAGAAACGGAGACUAUAAGGAGACUCAGUAUUCAUUUAAACAAGUGUUUGGCACUCACACCACCCAGAAGGAGCUCUUCGAUGCUGUGGCCAAUGCCUUAGUAGAUGACCUCAUUCACGGCAAAAAUGGUCUCCUUUUUACAUACGGUGUGACGGGAAGUGGGAAAACUCACACGAUGACUGGUUCUCCAGGGGAAGGAGGUCUGCUUCCUCGUUGUCUGGACAUGAUCUUUAACAGCAUAGGGACGCUUCAAGCUAAACGAUAUGUUUUUAAAUCUAAUGACAGGAAUAGCAUGGACAUACAGUGUGAGGUUGACGCCUUGUUAGAACGGCAGAAAAGGGAAGCCAUGCCCAAUCCAAAGACCCCCUCUAGCAAACGACAAGUAGACCCAGAGUUUGCAGAUAUGAUAAAUGUACAAGAAUUCUGCAAAGCCGAAGAGGUCGAUGAAGACAGUGUCUAUGGUGUAUUUGUCUCUUAUAUUGAAAUCUAUAACAAUUACAUAUAUGAUCUGUUGGAGGAGGUGCCGUUUGAUCCCAUAAAGCCCAAGUGGAACAGCUGCAGCACACCCAUGAGGAGCGCAGACUUUGUACCGCCACAAUCCAAAUUGCUUCGCGAAGACAAGAACCAUAACAUGUAUGUUGCAGGAUGUACAGAAGUAGAAGUGAAAUCUACUGAGGAGGCUUUUGAAGUUUUUUGGAGAGGCCAGAAAAAGAGACGCAUCGCUAACACCCAUUUGAAUCGUGAGUCCAGCCGUUCCCACAGUGUGUUCAACAUCAAAUUAGUGCAGGCUCCCUUGGAUGCGGAUGGAGACAAUGUCUUACAGGAAAAGGAACAAAUCACGAUAAGCCAGCUGUCCCUGGUAGAUCUUGCUGGAAGUGAGAGAACGAAUCGGACAAAAGCAGAAGGGAACAGAUUACGCGAAGCUGGUAACAUUAACCAGUCACUAAUGACACUAAGAACAUGUAUGGAAGUCUUGAGAGAAAACCAAAUGUACGGAACUAACAAAAUGGUUCCAUACCGAGAUUCAAAGUUAACCCAUCUGUUCAAGAACUACUUUGAUGGGGAAGGUAAAGUACGCAUGAUCGUGUGUGUGAAUCCAAAGGCUGAAGAUUACGAAGAAAGUUUGCAAGUCAUGAGAUUUGCAGAAGUGACCCAAGAAGUUGAAGUGGCAAGACCAGUAGACAAGGCCAUCUGCGGUCUAACCCCUGGCAGGAGAUUCCGAAACCAGGUUCGGGGAGGACCAGUCGGAGAUGAACCCCUGGUUACAGAAGUAGUUUUACAGAGCUUUCCACCUUUGCCAUCCUGUGAACUUUUGGAUGUCAACGAUGAGCAGACUCUUCCCAGGCUGAUUGAAGCAUUAGAGAAACGACACCAACUACGGCAGAUGAUGGUCGAGGAGUUUCAUAAACAAUCUAUUACUUUUAAAGCCCUGUUGCAAGAAUUUGACAAUGCUGUUUUAAACAAAGAAAACUACGUUCAAGGAAAACUAAACGAAAAAGAAAAGGUGAUCUCAGGACAGAAGUUGGAAAUAGAACGACUGGAGAAGAAAAACAGAACUCUGGAAUACAAGAUUGAGAUCUUGGAGAAGACGACGACCAUCUACGAGGAGGACAAGCGCACUCUGCAGCAGGAGCUCGAAGCUCAGAACCAGAAACUUCAGCGCCAGUUUUCUGACAAACGCAGGCUGGAAGCCAGGCUGCAAGGCAUGGUGACAGAAACAACAAUGAAGUGGGAGAAGGAAUGUGAGCGUCGGGUGGCGGCCAAGCAGCUGGAGAUGCAAAAUAAACUCUGGGUCAAAGAUGAAAAACUGAAACAGCUGAAGGCUAUUGUCACCGAACCCAAAGCAGACAAGCCAGAGAGACCCUCCCGGGAGCGGGACCGGGAGAAAGUGACUCAAAGAGCGGUUUCUCCGUCGCCAGUGCCUCUUUCUAGUAACUAUAUUGCUCAGAUCGCCAACGGCCAGCAGCUCCUGAGCCAACCGCAGCUCCAUAGGCGCUCUAACUCUUGCAGCAACAUUUCUGUAGCUUCCUGUGUCUCGGAAUGGGAGCAGAAAAUGCCUCCGUACAACACACCUGUCAGUGUCACCUCUAUCGCGAGGCGUAGGCAGCAGGAGCCAGGACAAAGUAAAACUUGUGUCGUGUCAGACAGAAGGCGAGGGAUGUACUGGACGGAAGGCAGGGAGGUGGUCCCUGCGUUCAGAGAGGAGGUAGAAGUAGAAGAGGACCGCCGCUGCAGGAACGCACCGCCACUUCGUCUCCGGCACAGACGGUCACGCUCUGCAGGAGACAGAUGGGUAGAUCAUAAGCCUGCCUCUAACGUGCAAACUGAGACAGUCAUGCAGCCCCAUGUCCCUCACGCCAUCACAGUGUCUGUUGCAAACGAAAAGGCACUAGCUAAGUGUGAGAAGUACAUGCUGACCCACCAGGAACUAGCCUCCGAUGGGGAGAUUGAAACUAAACUAAUCAAGGGUGAUGUUUACAAAACAAGAGGUGGUGGACAAUCUGUGCAGUUUACCGAUAUUGAGACUUUAAAACAGGAAUCGCCAACUGGUCGAAAACGAAGAUCUUCCACAGCGGCACCUGCUCAACCAGAUGGUGCAGAGUCUGAAUGGACCGAUGUAGAAACAAGGUGUUCUGUGGCUGUGGAGAUGCGAGCAGGAUCUCAGCUGGGACCCGGCUAUCAGCACCAUGCACAACCCAAGCGCAAGAAACCCUGACCUGCCAGUCUUCGUAACAAAAGAACAUUUUCGUUUGUAUUGGGGAUUCCUCCAAAGCAGAGCCAGGAGUCUUCGGAGUCAGCCUGGGGAGCUGCAGGGGCUCCCCUAGACCUCAGUGACAUCACACACCAGUGCGGAGCAGAGAUUACCCCUAAGGUUCCAAAGAUGUCUAGGAUUCAGCACACUUUUUGUAUGAUAUGCCUUGCCAUAUGAACUUUUUUAUAAUGCUAUUAUUUUGUAUAUUUCUUGUAUACUUAUAAACUAAUUCACACAA